CUUAUUCUUCUUCCGACAGUAUAGACAGAGAAUAAACGCGCCAUCUACACAACGCGAAGCUUAUAUAUAAACCUCCUAGCAGAACAAACAUUUCAAGACAACAACUUUGAUAAUUGUUUGUUGAGGAAUGAUGAUUAAGGGUGGUGAAUACGAGCGGGUGCUGAGGUACUUGGACGAGGACGGUGAUGGAAAGAUUUCAGCUUGUGAGUUGAGGAACAGAAUAGGGAUGCUGGGUGGGGAGGUUGGGUUGAGAGAGGCGGAGAUGGUGAUUGCGGCGAUGGAUUCUGACGGUGAUGGGUUUCUUUGUUUGGAGGAUUUGGUGAAGAUGAUGGAGGGAGUGGAAGAGGAAGAGAAGGUGAAUGAUUUGAGGGAAGCUUUUGAUUUGUACGACAGGGAACGGUGUGGCUUCAUCACCCCCAAAGCCUUGAAGAGGAUGCUCAAGAAGUUGGGUGAAUCCAAGUCCAUGGAUCAGUGCAGAGCCAUGAUUGCUCGCUUUGAUUUGAAUGGAGAUGGCAUGCUUAGCUUUGAAGAGUUCAGAGUUAUGAUGAAGUAAUCAAUGAUGAUCGGUCUACAUUCAUCCGAAUAGCUCGUUGAUUUCUUUGUACAUUGUGUCUAAUCCUAAUUCAUUCCAUUUUGUUUCUUCA